CGACCACCCAGCAGCACAGGCUUCGGCACUGCCAAUUCGAAUGGCCUAGAUGGUACACCGGCCCAGUUGACGCCUCCUGGUUCCAUUAUACUUUCUGGAGUAGCUUCUUCUAAUUCUCCUUGUCUCAUGCUUUCCUCUUCAUGUGCUACUAGCCUGUCUAGUUUCACUGGUACUUCAACUUCGCCAUCAUCCGCUCCUUCGAUUAUCGCCCCUUCAGGGCCUGCUUGCAACUCCUUGACCUCAAUCUCAACGCCAAAUCCGGGUUCAGGACCCGGAAUUUUGUCUACUGCUGGAGGCGCGCUCAUUCAGAUGCCCUUACCUUCUGCACAUGCAGUCUCUAACCUUCCUCCAGACACUUGCUCUUUAUCAACGGGCAUGGCGCCGCACCAACCUCAUCCAACCCACCUAACAGGGCUAGGAUCUCCACCGACUCUGCAAAAAGUUGGCAAAUCAACCGUAUCUUCAGCCAACAAAGCGAAGCAGAAUGCUAGCUUAGGAGCUGGAGCUCCUACAAGGACAGUACAGCCUGGUUCCCCAGGUGUAGCUGCCAGACCAAAGCGGCAACGCGUCACCAAGAUGAAUUUUAGUAAUAGCAAAGAAUCACAUUACUAA